GCUCUCUGACGGCCGCAGCUCCGCGAGCUCUUUCUCUCAGCUGAUCAAAAGCCUUAAAGACUGUUAAAUGGCUAGCAAAGGAACCGUGAAAGCUGCUGCUAACUUCAAGGCCAGUGCAGAUGCAGAGGUCCUGCACAAGGCCAUGAAAGGGAUAGGGACCGAUGAGGAUGCCAUCUUACAGCUGGUAUGCGCUCGAAGCAACGCCCAGAGACAGGAGAUCAAGGCCACCUACAAGACUCUGUUUGGAAAGGAUCUGAUAGACGACCUGAAGGGUGAACUUGGUGGCAAAUUCGAGACCCUGAUCGUGGCUCUGAUGACCCCUCCCACUGCUUAUGAUGUGGUUUCCCUUCGAAAUGCCAUUAAGGGGGCAGGGACAGACGAGAAGGUACUGGUGGAGAUACUGGCUUCCAGAACACCUCAGCAGGUGAAGGACAUCAUUGCUGCCUACCGAAAGGAGUAUGAUGCUGACUUGGAGGAGGAUAUAUGUGGGGACACUUCAGGUCACUUCAAGAGACUUUUGGUUAUUCUGCUGCAGGCAAACCGGCAGACAGGGGUUCAGGAGGGAGACAUUGAGAAUGAUGCUCAGGUUCUCUUCAAGGCAGGAGAACAGAAGUUUGGGACCGACGAACAAACCUUUGUUACCCUCCUGGGCAACCGCAGUGCACAACACCUGAGGAAAGUGUUUGAUGCAUACAUGAAGCUGUCUGGAUAUGAAAUAGAGGAGAGCAUCAAGAGAGAAACAUCUGGAAGCCUAAAAGAUCUGCUUUUAGCUGUUGUGAAGUGUGCCAGGAGCGUACCAGCCUAUUUUGCUGAGACCCUCUACAAUGCCAUGAAAGGUGCAGGCACUGACGAUGAUACCCUGAUUCGAGUGAUGGUGACUCGUGGUGAGGUGGACAUGCUGGACAUCAGAGCUGAGUUCAGAAAGCUGUUUGCUCGCUCCCUGUUUUCCAUGAUCAAGGGAGACACUGGUGGAGACUACCGCAAGGCCUUACUAUUGCUCUGUGGGGGUGAUGACGCGUAACCAUAGCAGCAGUUGUUGGUUGGAACACAUCUAAAGUGCCUCCCCUUUCUGUGUCAUUAUCUCACACAAAACAGAAAAAAUAUGCUAAAAAAGGUUUUCAUAAGAAAAUUAAAGAUAGGCAAAGAUAGACAACCAGGUCAGUUACUCCAAACUAUGUUUUUGAAGGUUACUAACAUGUUUAUUUUCACAUUAAUGCAGCUUAUGGUGCUUUAAUAACUUUGUUAUAACUUUUGUUAUGCCAUUCAUUUUUAUUGUAUCAGACGUAUCAGAAGGCAGUUGCUUUGUUUGCACUUUGUACGGUCGAAGCAAUUUAUUCAAAUAAACAUUCACUAAGGUGAAAA